CAGUUUGUAACCACAAGGGGCAAGGAAACGAUAUGUCACCGUGAUGCUCCGCUAUCUCCUGCCAUUAUUCACAAUCACUAUUUACGGCUCCAAGACUCAUUCGCUGGCCAGCAUCAUGAAAUCGAAAGACAAAGCCCCAGGCGUAACAAAAUGGACGCUGAACCCCAACCCCACCCGGGUGCGCGAUAAUCAACGUCGUCAUCGUGCGCGUGUCAAGGCCCGUACUGAGUCUCUUGAGGCUCAGUUGGACGCGACCCAGCAAGAGUUACGAGCAGCGCAGGCGCGCAUCCAUGAGCUCGAGUCUCUUCUUACUUUAAAUCAUCCCACGCUCAUCUCGUCAGGACAAGGCGAAAUUCCAGUCGAGCUUGGAGUAUCUAAUGGCGACUGUGAUGAACCAAUAUGCUUCGGCCAUAUCCUUACAACCAUCAAUCAGCUUUCCGGGCAACAAGAUCUUAACAAUAAUGUUGUCGCGCCAAUAGUUGAGAUACCGACGGCUGUAACACUCUCAUCCGAUAUAUUUUCUACGGUUCAGCAUUAUGAUAAAGACGAUCGACUACCUCCGGUCGCGGCUGGCGAAUCGACAACCCUCUGUCGCGUGGCGUAUGAAAUCAUCGAUCAGCAUAAUAUGACUGGCGUUGAGUCAUCUGAAAUAGAGCAUUGUCUCCGACCGGGCUUCAGGCGGGCAACGAGGGGGGGAGAAGGAUGCAGAGUUGAGACCAAGAUUCUGUACGCGUUAAUUGAUCGCAUUAACCCUGUCUGAAUGAUGCUCUGCUUGCUCUGCUGGUGGGGUGAUCAGGGAGACAGGGUGUGAGACAGGCUACUUGGACUGAAAUUUGUGACUCUCCCAGCACCAAUGGCUAUUCCUCCGGACUCGGAGAUCAUCCCCGAAUAGCUCAGCUGGAAGAGCGUUCGGCUGUAAUUGUUAAUCUGACACCGAAAGGUCACUUGUUCGAUCCAGGUUUCGGGGAUUCAUUUUUGCUUUUUGUGCAAUCUUUCAGUAGAAUGCUUCAUCAGAAUGGCAUUUUGCAUUUGAGUUUAUUUUACAUUCUGUCGCCAGGGAUAAACAAACUUCCUAAGACAAGGCAUGUGCUGCAAGUUGUCUCUGAUAUGGUUACACGAUAUGUUACGACGAUAACAUAAAUGUGUGUGGAGCCUAUGCCGAGCUGUUAAGCCGCUAAUAUGGCGAAUGGCUCUGAUUAUGUUUGCCGACCUC